AUGAAAAAAUUUGAAAAACAAAACAUCAACACUAGCGUAAACAUCUUCGAACUGGACGAAAAUGCCCAUAUUACACCACUCAGGAUAGUUGAUGAGCAGCAAGACCAUUUUGAUCUCCUUCUCGUUAGAAAUGAUGAAGGAGAGGCUCAUUUUACGUUAAUAUUGAAUUUCACAAAGCUUAUGCAGCCACAAAUUACAAAAGGCAGCAACAAAAUUACAAUCUGUAAAAGGUGUAGCACCUUUAAAGAAAACAGGCGCUGUGUUCCGACACCUCAGCACUGGUUGAGUGAACAUUUAAUGCUCUGUGGAAAAUCAAAACCAAGUGAAGUGAUUUUGCCGGAGCAGCAUAAAAGCAAACUUAGAUUUGUUAGCUACGAGAUGCAAAUUGAAGUACCAAUUGUAGUCACAGCUGACUUCGAAUCAACACUAUAUCCAGUUCCCUCGACAGACAAUGCCUAUCAACGGCACGAGGCGAACUCGUUUGCUUAUAUCAUAGCAAGUAACCUUCCCAAAGAGCUGUUAGAGGAAGCUGAGAUAAACACCUCACCCUACAUACACAGAUCGGAAUCGGCUGCAAAAGAAUUCCUUUUACAAAUGCAGGAGCUAGCUGUAAAAGUGGAAAAGCUGUACACUAAAAAUGUGAGCAUGAUUGCAUUAAAUGAUGAACAACAGAAACAGCAUGAUGAAGCGACAAACUGCGAGCUGUGUGAAAUAGCAUUUGAUGAGACAUUGGUUCAGUCAAGGAAAUGCCGGGACCACGACCAUAUAACAGGUCAGUUUCGUUAUACCCUGUGCUCGUUGUGUAACACCCGCUGUCAACUUCCAAACUUCAUACCAAUAUACUUUCACAACCUUUCUUCAUACGACGAAGCAUUCAUUAUUAAGAACUUGGCAGUAUUACCCAACAGCGAAAUAAAAGUGAUCCCUAGUAAUUCAGAAAGAUUCAUCAGUAUAUCGAUAAAGAUUGGGAGGAUGUGGCUUAGGUUUUUGGAUUCAUUUCGCCUAAUGGCGGACAGCCUUGCGAAUCUCGCUUCGUAUCUCACACCGACGGAACUCGUAGAGUCGUCCAAACUUGUGCCAGAACAGCAUGUGGAGUUGAUUCAAAGAAAAGGGAUUUAUCCCUAUGAUUAUGUAAAAGACUUUGCUGUAUUCAGUGAGGAAGCACUGCCACCACGUGAAAGCUUUUACAAUGCCCUCAAUGACUCGGAAGUUACGGAUGCAGAAUAUCAACAUGCCCAACACACUUGGAAUACAAUGAAAAUGAAAAAUUUUGGACAAUACCAUGAUUUUUAUCUGUUAUUGGAUGUUUGUCUUUUAAUGGACAUAAUUCAAUGCUUUCGCAAAAACUGUGUAGCCACCUAUAACAUUGACUGUUGUCAUUCAUUUACAGCGCCAGGUCUAGCAUGGCAGAGUAUGCUACGUAUGACUGGUGUAACUUUGGAAUUGUUGACGAACUAUGACCAUUUCUUAAUGUUUGAAAGUGCGAUUAGAGGCGGUUUGGUACAAUGCUGCCACCGCUAUGAAAAAGCCAACAACCCACUUUUAGAGAACAGCGAAGACUAUGAUCCAAACAAAGAAACCAAAUACAUGUUGUAUUUGGACUGCAUAAACUUGUAUGGAAGCCAAAUGAAAAAACACCUUCCAACUGGAAAUUUUGAGUUUGUAAAUGAUGUUGAUGAUCUUAAUUGGUCAAACUUACCUGAAGAUUCGCCGUAUGGACUUUUACUAGAAUGUGAUGUCACAGUGCCAGAGCACUUGCACGAUCUAAUGAACGACUUCCCCAUUCUACCAGAACAAAAAGAUGUGGAUAAUCAGGGAAAACUACUUGCUACGCUUGAAGAUAAAAAACACUAUAUCGCUCACUAUACAGUGUUCCAGCAGGCAGUCAAACUAGGCUUGAAAAUUACAAAAGUUCACAGAGCGUUGCGAUUCUCCCAGUCGCCGUGGAUGGAAAAGUUCAUCGACAAAAACACCACGUUAAGAGCUGAAUCUACGAAUGAGUUUUCCAAAAAUUUCUACAAGUUUAUGAAUAAUAGUGUGUUUGGAAAGACGUUAGAAAACGUGCGCAAUCGUGUAGAUAUUAGAAUAGUAACUUCUGAUGAAGCGUUCCAGAAGCUGUCACGUCAAGCAAGAUUUGUUGAUAGAAGCAUUAUCGCUGAUGGUGUGAUCGCGGUACAUUUAAGAAGACAAAAGGUAGUAUUAAACAAGCCAGUCUAUGUUGGUUCAGUAGUUCUCGACAAAGCAAAAGUUCAUAUGAACUGGUUUCAUUAUAUGGUUAUGAAGAAAAAACUAGCUCCGCCAGACUUUGAAGUGUAUGUUAACUAUUCUGAUACUGAUUCUCUAUUAUAUACCAUAAUUACCAAGUUAAACCUAAAUAAUGAAUUGAAGGAAAGAUUGGGAGAUGUACUGGAUAGGUCAUGCUAUCCCAAGGAGCAUGAGCUGUGGCUGGAAGGAGCGAUUCCUCAAAUAGGCACAUUUAAGGAUGAAUGCAAAGGAAGACAGCUAUUUGAGUACGUAGGAUUGCGUUGUAAAAUGUACUGCUACAGGUUCAACUCCAGCCAACAGACAACGGCAAAGAAAAAGUGUAAGGGAAUAAGCAAACGCUAUGUCGAAAACAAAAUUUCAUUUGAUCACUACAAGAAGGCACUGUUUGAAGAUAAACAGUACAGAGCGACAUUUAACCAGAUAAGAAGCAAGACAUUUCAACUCACCUCUAGAACAGUUGAUAAACUAUCUCUGUCAGCCAAUGAUAACAAACGCAUAGUGUUGCAGGACAAAAUUAGAACUUUGGCGUAUGGGCAUUAUCGAGCUCGUCAAAAUGACGAUGGAGGAUCGUCAGAAUAUGAUUCUAGUCAGUCUUAG